AUGUGUAACUUUUCUACAAAAUACUCUCCUGAUCAAGUCAUUUCACUUUACAUGAAGAAUGCUAUUAUUCCAACUGGUAUCUUUCGUAAUCUGAAAUCACUUUCUAUGAUCUAUCAAAUAGAACAAAAAGAUGAAUUUCUUCAACUGAUCAACGAGAUAUCCAAUUUAUCUCAAUUGAUCAAUGUCAAGUUAUCACUUGCACGUCAUACCGAUGUACCAUGGAUUGGCCAACGGAUGGUUGAUAUUGCUUUAUGUCAUUCUUCUAUUGAACGAAUUAUUCUAUUAAAUAGUUCAUCUGUACAGUUUUACUCAAAACGAAGAAAUUCAAGAUUCAAUUCGAACUUUCCUUACCAAAAAGUUUUUGUUCCUGAUGAGCCUUUUGCAGGAAAAAGAGAAAACCAUCGACGUGUAAAAGAUUUAACACAAAGUGUUCAAAAUGUUCGUCAAGAAAAAAUUACUGAAUUAGCAAGACGUGUUGUAUUAAUCGCGUAUCAAAAAGUUGUUCGUGAAGAUUGA